AGGACAAACGGACGUUCCCUGUUGAAUGUGUAACCCUCUCACAUGCCAAGGAGUUGUGCUCUUCCUGGAUCAAGCACCAUGACACUGAAUAUUGCCGGCGCUCUCACCAUGGCUGUCUUCUACUUCUUCAUUCUUGUGGUUGGCAUCUGGGCUGCAAAGAGAGCACAGAGAGCUGAGAGAUCGUACCAGGGGGAUCGCUCCGAAAUGGUGAUGAUCGCAGGAAGGAACAUUGGAAUUAUCCUCGGCAUUCUAACCACCACCGCUACUUGGGUUGGUGGAGCCUACAUCAACGGCACGGCUGAGAUGGUCUACCGGCCGGAUGCCGGGCUGGUGUGGACCGUCGCCCCUUGGACCACCCUCCUCUGCCUCUUCAUCGGGGGAUUGUUUUUUGCCAAGAAGAUGCGGCAACACAAGUACGUGACCAUGUUGGAUCCCUUUCAACAACAGUACGGCAACCGCAUCGCCAGCCUGAUCUUCAUCCCAGCUGUAAUCGGGGAAAUAUUCUGGUCCGCUGCUAUCCUGGCUGCCUUAGGUACAACGUCCAGUGUGAUGCUUGAUCUCGAUAGGAAUCUAUCCAUGGUGAUCUCGGCCAGCGUGGCAAUGCUCUACACACUGCUUGGGGGCCUGUAUUCCGUUGCGUACACUGACGUUGUCCAGUUAGGAUGCAUUUUCUUUGGUUUGUGGCUUUGUGUACCGUUCACGAUGCUGAAUCAUGCUGUUACAAGCAUCAAGAUCACGGCCGUUGAGGAGGUCCAUCAAAAGCCCUGGCUGGGAAAAAUCGAUGAGAUAUUUAUUGGAAAAUGGAUAGAUGAUCUUUUGCUGAUGGUGCUGGGCGGGAUCCCGUGGCAAGCUUAUUUUCAACGCGUGCUGGCUUCAUCCUCUGUGAAAAGUGCUCAGAUACUAUCAAUAGCGGGAGCGUUCGGUGGAUGUAUCAUGGGCAUUCCCUCUGUACUGAUUGGUUCUGUCGCAGCUUCUACAGACUGGAAUCAAACGUCGUAUGGGGCCACGUCACCUUUCGAGAAGGGAGAGGCUGCCAUGAUCUUGCCCAUCGUCCUUCGCCACCUGUGUCCUCCCUACGUCUCCCUGUUUGGGACCGGUGCCAUUGCUGCUGCCGUCAUGUCUUCCACUGACUCCUCCCUCCUCUCGUCCAGUUCCAUGUUCACCCACAACAUCUACCGCAGGAUUCUCCGACCAAAGGCAUCAGACCGGGAAGUGAUGUACGUGAUGAAGAGCACGGUCCUUGUGGUGACGGUCCUUGCCACCGUCCUUGCCCUCUUCACCAGCACCAUCUACGGCCUGUACGCGCUGAGUGCCGACAUUGUGUACGUUGUCAUUUUCCCCCAGCUGGUGUGCGUGCUGUACGCUCCCUGCGUGAACAGGUUCGGUUUUGUCACUGGCGUUCUGACGGGGGCAUUGCUGAGGAUGGCCGGUGGGGAACCACUGUUUGACCUCCCACCUCUCAUCUACUAUCCCGGGGGUCACUUCCAAGAUGACUACUAUGUCCAGACUUUCCCCCACAAGACGUUUGCAAUGCUUUUCUCUCUCAUCAUAACCGUUGUCUUGUCAUAUAUCAGCAAACUUAAGUGGCCAGAGGUGUUUGUAACAACGCUGACAAUGACAGGAAUGCCAAUGGAGAUGACAGCCACUGAUGUGUUACAUUAAUAAACUGGAAUCAUAAUAUGCAGACAAUAUAAAACACAUAAACAGUACAGGAACAGGUAGUGUCUGUGCC